CUCGGGGCCGACUCGGGGGGGCCCCCGCGCGCCCGCCCGUCUCGAGCUCCGCGGAGCUCCACGAGGCCGCUCUCCGGCACCUCGGAAUGUGGGUGGGGACUCGAGUUGCUGGCGCCCCAGGCUCGGGAUUCUGGGCGGGGGCGCGUGGCCACGGCCGCCAGGAGCCCGGCUGCAGCGCCUCGGGACGCGGCGAUGAGGACCUGGGCUUGCUUGCUGCUGCUCGGCUGCGGAUGCCUCGCCCAUGCCCUGGCCGAGGAGGCCGAGAUUCCCCGCGAGCUGAUCCAGCGCCUGGCACACAGUCAGAUCCACAGCAUCCGGGACCUGCAGCGGCUCCUGGACAUUCACUCCGGGCUGAGGAUGGUCUGGAGGCCCGAGUGAGCUCCCCCAGGGGCCGCGCGGCCUGGGAUGCCCCUGAGAAGCGGCCCGUGCCUGUGCGGAGGAAGAGGAGCAUCGAAGAAGCUGUCCCCGCCCUCUGCAAAGCCAGGACGGUCAUCUACGAGAUUCCCCGGAGCCAGGUGGACCCCACAUCUGCCAACUUCCUGAUCUGGCCGCCGUGCGUGGAGGUGAGACGCUGCACCGGCUGCUGCAACACCAGCAGCGUCAGGUGCCAGCCGUCCCGCGUGCAGCACCGCAGCGUCAAGGUGGCCAAAGUAGAGUACAUCCGGAAGCGGCCCAAGCUAAAGGAGGUGCAGGUGCGGCUGGAGGAGCACCUGGAAUGCAGCUGCGCCAGUGCCGACUUCCGGGAGGAGGAGGCAGAUGUGAGGUGAGAAUGAACCAGCAGCCCUUUCCCGGGACACGGAUGUACAUGGCGUGUUACAUUCCUGAACCUUCGACGAACGGUGCUCACUGCCGGCCGCGCUUUGUUCUCCCCUGUGAAAACUGUCCCGGCGAGUCCCCCAUGGGGCACAGAGAACAGUGCCCGUUUGUUGGUGGGACAUCAGAGCGAGCAUUGUGGCGCUCGGCGGAACAGUGAGCCUUCCUUGUCAAAAGCACGGGCCAGCGCAAGCCGGACUGAGUCACAGAGUAACUCAGCGGCUGCCGGCCGAGGACGGAGGCGGAGGCAUCUCUGCGAACUGGACGCGUGUCUAGGGCGGCCACAGGUGCUUUUGCCAAGGACGCAGGGCUGCUUCCCAGACGGACAACGCGGACGGAUGGAUGGAAGGAUGGACGGUGCUGAGGGCCCGCCUGUGUACACAGAACCUUUCCCGAGAGCCUUAAGUGUUUGUUUUUUUUUUACACCAUAAAGUGAUUAUUAUUCAGCUUUCCUUUUUACUCUUUGCCUAGCUUUAUUUUUCCUUUUUUUUUCUUCCUUUUUUUUAAAAAACAAAACAAAACAAAACUCCCUCUCGGAUGACAUUUCGCCAGUAACACGAGGCCGCUGUGGGCAGCGGACUGCAUCUUCCCUAGCAGGACGCACAUGAGCUGUAUUCAAAUAAACGUGUGGCCUACCCAGCCGGGCACCACUA